AUGCGGCCAAUUGAUCUCGCCAGUCGAUCUGGCUCACUCUUAAAGAGGGCUCUCCAAAGUCAACACAAUCGAAGUGCCUCGAGAUCGCGACAUUUCAGCAGCGCAUCGCCACUUCCCCCGACAUAUGAGAAGCUAUACGGAAAGUACUCGGAGGUCAGACAUGUGCUUGGGUCUCGGCGCUUGACCUUGGCCGAGAAGAUCUUGUACAGCCACCUGGACAACGUCGAGGAGUCGCUCCUCUCCAACACGAACAAUGGCCGCGACAUCCGGGGCAAGGCGAACCUCAAACUCAACCCAGACCGCGUGAAUAUGCAGGAUGCUUCGGCCCAGAUGGCUCUCCUGCAGUUCAUGACCUGCAAUCUUCCCCAGACCGUCAUUCCCGCCAGUAUCCACUGCGAUCACUUGAUCGUCGGAGAGAAAGGUGCGGACGUCGAUCUAUCUUCGGGCAUCAAGAUCAACCAGGAGGUGUUCGACUUCCUCGAGUCGGCCGGCAAGAAAUAUGGCAUCGAUUUCUGGCCUCCGGGAGCUGGAAUCAUCCACCAGACCGUGCUCGAGAACUACGCGAUACCGGGACUGAUGAUGCUGGGCACUGACAGCCACUCCCCCAAUGCCGGUGGUCUGUGCACGAUCACUAUCGGAGUUGGUGGAGCUGACGCUGUUGAAGCCCUUGUUGGUGCUCCCUGGGAGCUCAAGGCCCCUCGCGUCCUUGGUGUUCGUCUUAGCGGCCAGCUCAGUGACUGGGUGUCCCCCAAGGACGUCAUCCUCCAUUUAGCUGGCCUAUUAACCGUCCGAGGUGGUACGGGCUUCAUCGUCGAAUACUUCGGCCCGGGAGUGGACACCCUCAGCUGCACUGGCAUGUCAACCGUUUGCAAUAUGGGAGCUGAGAUUGGUGCCACUACGUCCAUUUUCCCCUUUACGGAAGCAUCGAGCCGUUACCUGCAAUCAACCAGGAGGGACCAGGCUAGCCGGGAUGCCACGGCGUUCCAGAAUUUCUCUGGGAAUGGGGUUGGCGAAGACGCUUACUUUAAGUUCCGGAGCGACGAAGGCGCCCAAUAUGACGAGGUCAUCGACAUUAACCUCUCGGAACUAGAGCCGCAUGUCAAUGGCCCCUUCACCCCUGACCUGUCAACCCCGCUCUCGAAGUUCAAGGAGACGGUCAUGGAGCAGGAAUGGCCGGAGAAGCUUUCUGCUGGUCUUAUUGGAAGUUGCACAAAUAGCUCCUACGAGGACAUGACUAGGGUCGAAAGCAUCAUCAAGGAAGCCACAAAGGCCGGGCUGAAGCCUGCUGUUGACUUCUACAUCACUCCGGGCAGCGAGCAGAUUCGUGCCACCCUGGAGCGGGACGGCACGCUGGAGACCUUCACCGACGCUGGAGGCAUUGUGCUCUCCAAUGCGUGCGGGCCCUGCAUCGGUCAGUGGAAGCGCCAAGACGGAGUCGAGAAAGGCACAUCGAAUGCCAUCUUCACCUCGUACAACCGGAAUUUCAGGGGGCGCAACGACGGCAACCCAGACACCAUGAAUUUCCUCGCGUCUCCGGAGAUUGUCACGGCCAUGGCAUAUGCCGGGUCUACGACCUUCAACCCCAUGACGGACACCCUGACGACGCCCGAUGGGAAAGAAUUCCGCUUCCCGUCGCCGCGGGGUCUAGAGGGGCCGCCGACCCCCUUCGAAAUGGGCAAAGACAGCUUGGGUCGCCUCUCGCAGCCCCCCAGCGCGGACGUCAGCGUGGCCAUCGCGCCUGAUUCCGAGCGGCUCGCGCUGCUGGAGCCCUUCGAGGCGUUCCCGUCCACCGAGCUCACGGGGCUGCGCGUGCUGGUCAAGGUGACGGGCAAGUGCACGACCGACACCAUCUCAGCGGCGGGCCCGUGGCUCAAGUACAAGGGCCACCUGCCCAACAUCAGCGCCAACACGCUCAACACGGCCGUCAACGCCGAGACGGGCGAGGUGAACGCGGCCUACGACCUCGACGGGUCCCGGCACACGAUCCCGGACCUCGCGCGGCGGUGGAAGGAGUCGGGCCAGCCGUGGCUCGUGGUGGCGGAGCACAACUACGGCGAGGGCAGCGCGCGCGAGCACGCGGCGCUGCAGCCGCGGUACCUGGGGGCGCGCGUCAUCGUGGCCAAGAGCUUCGCGCGCAUCCACGAGACCAACCUGAAGAAGCAGGGCGUCGUGCCGCUGACCCUCGAGGACGAGGCAGACUACGACCGCAUCGGCGCCGGCGACGAGGUAUCCACCGUCGGCCUCCGCGACAUGCUCCUCAACGGCGGCCGCGGCGACGUCGCCCUGCGCGUCGUCAGGAAGGGGUCCGGCGAGGAGGUCCUCAUCCCCACCCGCCAUGCCGUCAGCGAGGACCAGGCUCCCUUCAUCCUCGCUGGGAGCGCGCUGAAUCUGCUGUCCAAGCGUAAAUGA